AUGUUGUUACGAUGCCGAUUGAGACCCUUGGUGAUCAAUCACAAGUGCCCAUGUUUGUCUGUUAUAAGACUUGCGAGUUAUAGAUCGUUUUCUAAAACUACACUUGUAUUGGAGGCGUCGGAUCCGAAAGGUGCAAGAUCAACUACAAAGGAGCACCAAAAGAGUUUAGGCAACAUUGCUGAGCCAUAUUGGAGAGCGUUCACCUCACGAAUGCAACAGUAUAAAUCCGCGGUGGCCCGAAUAAAGCACCAGUUUUCCAUUCACGCCAAGAAAGCACAAGAUUCAAUUCGUGAAGCCAACCAAAAAUUGGCAGAACAGGAGAGGAAUAGAAUGGACACACGCUUGAAUUAUGAUAAGGACAUCGAAACCAGCAGAAGGAUUGUGGAUCUGCCCUCGCAAAGAGAGGUCCAUCGACGUCAAUGGUCCAGAAAAUUAGAAUUUUACUUGGACUCGUUACAGGAGACUGUUCUGACGGCUACGAAAGCUCUAAACGACGUCACAGGAUAUACUAGUAUUCAAAAGCUUAGAAAAAGCAUUGAUCUCAUGGAGCACAAUCUAGAACAGAACAGAACCUAUCUCAAAUCGUUGAAAGCAAGGUAUGCCACUGCGAUUGAACAGCGUACCGAAUCCCAAAGGGAGCUCAACGAAUUACUUCAAAGGAAAAGUUCAUGGUCGCCUGCAGAUCUCGAAAGGUUCACUAAGCUGUACAAGGACGAUGCCAUGAAUUUGAAAAGAGAACGAGACCUGAAGGAAGAAGUCAGAAUAAAGGACUCUGAGCAAGAGGAACUUAUCAAUGACUUGUACCAUGCCAUUCUUACCCGCUAUCACGAGGAGCAGAUAUGGUCCGACAAAAUUAGAAGAACUUCAACAUGGGGUACGUUCAUUCUGAUGGGUGUCAAUAUUGUGCUCUUCCUCGUGUUUCAAUUACUACUAGAGCCAUGGAAAAGGCGGAGAUUGACGAAAUCCUUUGAAGAUAAAGUUAAAAGAGCACUGGAUCAAUAUUCAAUUGAACAAACUCAGAAAUUUGAGGAGUUGUCAAGUAAUUUGAAGGAAUCAGGGAACUUGGAGCAGUCAAAAACGAAAGAGAAGGAUUCAGAACGAACUGUUACAUUUGAAGAAAACGCUUCAUUAGAAAACUCUUCACAUCAUUCAGAGGUGCUGCCAGGUGUAAAGGUUACUACACAUCACUUUCCUGCCGAAGAUAUGUCAUUCAGUAGAAUCUAUCAUUGGCUAGUCAAUUUCGCAACGAAAUUGAAACCCUCCACGGUCCUACGGCUUGAUUCCGUAUUUAGCUUGUCCAGCAUAGAGCUUUACCUCUAUUCAGCAUUACUACUAUUUCUUGGUGCCCUAUCAGGAUCAAUUUUAUAG